CAGUCCAGCACAUGAGGCAAGAGACUAAAGAUCUCACAAACUUAUCACUGGCAAUCAUGAGACUCAUAGUCUGUUUUCUUUCUCUGCUCACUGUAUUUGGAACUGGAAAGUGUGGGAAUAUUUUAGUUUGGUAUACUGAGGGCAGUCACUGGAUCAAUCUGAAGAUUGUGUUGGAAAAAUUGAUUGACAGGGGGCACGAUGUCACAGUGCUGGUGCCGGAUGCCUCUCUCUACAUGAAAGCUGAAGAAUCGGAUCGCUUCUCCUACCAGCCCUUUAACGUGUCCAUGGAUGCACAGGAGAUGCGAAACUUCGUUGACGAAUUCCUGCAUUUCUCAGUGUAUGAGAUGGAUGAGUUAAACUUGCUGCAGAUUCAAAUGAAAUUUUUCCACUUUGCGUCCAAACAUCAGGCUAUGUCUCUGGCACACUGUGACGGCAUUUUGAAGUUGAUGGACAAAUUGCGGAAGGGAAAGUUUGAUGUUGUUUUGUCAGAUCCGAUCUACCCGUGCAGUGACAUUGUGGCUGAAAAGCUGGACAUUCCCUUGGUUUACACUUUCCGAUUCUCCCUGGCUCAUGUUGCAGAGCGCCUGUGUGGUCAGAUACCAGCUCCACCAUCAUUUGUUCCUGGAGCCAUGAGUAAACUCACAGACAAGAUGAGCUUUACCGAGCGAAUCCUCAAUAUGCUGUUCUACCUUUCUCAAGAUGCUUUUGCCAUUGUUGCUUGGAAACAAUUUGACAACUAUUACACUGAAUAUUUAGGACGGCCCACUUCCUAUUGUGAGAUGAUGGGUAAAGCUGAUAUCUGGUUGAUCAGAACCUACUGGGAUUUUGAGUUUCCACGGCCAUUCCUGCCCAACUUCAAAUACAUCGGAGGGCUUCACUGCACCCCUGCCAAGCCUUUACCCAAGGACAUGGAGGAGUUUGUACAGAGCUCAGGGGAUGAUGGGAUUGUGGUCUUCACUCUGGGAUCUUUGAUAGACAAAAUUCCCAAAGAGAUGAGCAACAGGAUCGCCUCUGCACUGGCUCAGAUCCCACAGAAGGUCUUAUGGCGAUACGGUGGAGAGAAGCCAGAUGCCCUUGGUGAAAACACCAGAACCUAUAAGUGGAUC